UCGAACCCCGGCAUCGAUCGACGAUCCAGCAAUUGCAAAAUGACCAUGGACAGUAUGAUAAGUGUACAGAAAGGAAUUGAAAAAAUGGACAUAGUUACAAAUGAAAAACAGGAGGAAAAAGUGGAGGAAAAAGUAAAAGAAGAGCCGUCCCCAAGUGCCCAAAACACACCACAAAUGUCUGGAAGAAAAAUGCGUAAAAUAUUGAAACGUUUAUUGCGAUACUCGGCAUGGGGAAGAGCCGCCAUAGGCUUCCGCGGAAGAGGAUGUAACCGCGGAAGAGGAGGUAACCGCGGAAGAGGAGGUAACCGCGGAAAUGGAGGCAACCGCGGAAGAGGCGGAAUAAUUUUAUGGUAA